ACUAGAAACUUUGGGUUAUUAAAAGUCGAAAUUUUUUGUGUUAUAAUUUUCAAAUUUUUAAUUCAACGCGGAAUGGCCAAUCCAAUGCGCCUAAUGAGACGCACAAUGUGCCAGCUAAUGCGGCAGAAUUUCGCCAAGAGCUGCGAGGAGAAACUGAACGAUCAGCUCAAUAUGGAGCUGAAGGCUUGCCAUCAAUAUCUGGCCAUGGCCUAUCACUUCGAUCGCGCGGAUAUGAGUGCACCAGGGGUGCACAAUUUUCUGCUGCAGGCGAGCCGAGAGGAGCGUGAGCAUGCCGAGACGAUAAUGAAAUAUAUGAACAAGCGUGGCGGACUGAUCAAGUUGAGCGCAGUGCCGGAGCCGACGCCGACGUCGGCAUUCGAGGAUGCACUGGCGGCUCUGCGACUGGCACUGCAAAUGGAGCUGGAGGUGAAUCAGCAUUUGCUGGAUCUGCAUGCGGUGGCGGGCAAAGAGAACGAUCCAAAUUUAUGCGAUUUUAUUGAGGCGAAUUUUCUGCAGGAGCAAGUCGAUGGCCAAAAGGUAUUAGCCGAUUAUAUUAGCCAGCUGGAGCGGGCUCAGAGCGAUUUGGGUGUUUAUCUGUUUGAUAAAUAUAUUGCGGUAUCCAAUGCCGAUGGCAUGCAUGGUAAAAAAUAAACAAAAAGCAAUGGCAACAACAAUUGGUUACAGUUUUAGCAGCACUGUGUGUUUAAACGUUUUAUCAGGCCCAUUGCUUGUUUUAUUAAUAAAGCGGCGCGCUUAUCAAAUCGUA